CAAAACAUUUGAUUCUAAACCGCUCCAAAGCAAAAGUGAUACCAAAAGUGCAUUAUAUCGCUCGUUGGUGAUCAGUUUGUGACGAAAAGAUGCGUCCUCCUACACAAUAUCCUCAAGAAAUCGCUCAAGAGGCCGAGACCGAGAGUGAACCCGACCCCAGGAUGGGGGCGAUGAUGAUCUGUACGAGACUGGCUGGAAGGGCUGUCAUUAGGGUCAUCGGAAGGUGCAAUGAUGCUAAAGAAAAUGAAAAUCUCGAUUUGUCCGAUUGCCAGUUAAUGCAAGUUCCUGAUGCAGUGUACCACCUGAUGAGGCACACCGAGCUCAAAACCUGUGAUCUUAGUGACAAUGUCAUUACAAAAAUACCGCCAAAGUUUGCCGCCAAAUUCAACCAAAUCACAGAGCUCAACUUAUCUCAUAAUCAAGUGUCAAAGUUGCCCGAUGAAUGCGUCAGCUUAGGUGCUCUUGAGAGAUUGGAUAUUUCGCACAACACCUUUAUAGAAUUGCCCGAUUGUAUUUUCAAAAUUCCCAAAUUACGGCAUCUUAAUGCCAGCAAUAAUAGUAUAGUUGAUUUAGAUGUAGAUUGUUUAAAAGAUGCACCAUCGUUAGAAUCAGUAGACCUAACAAAUAACCCGUUGGCACCGAGAAUAUAUGAACAACUAUCUAGAUUAUCAGAUCUCCGAAUACUGCUCACUCCCCGAGAGAAAGAAGAUUGGGAAGAUCUCACCAUUUAAUAGUUAGGCAAUAUGUUUUGUGGCAAAUGCUAUAGACUGAAGACAGCAAAUUGAUAGGUUCAGUUAUAGCGGACUACUUCCUAAAUUGUGUUCCAUCAGAGACGUACCGAUUGUAGCUGUAAAUCAGUGUGUGUAGUCGAUCUAUGACUAAUAAUGUAAUGAAAUGUAGAUUAUAAGAGAUAUAAAGGUAUCGUCCACCUUUUUAUAUUCUUUCAUCUCAAUUACUUGCAGUGUGUAUUUCAUUUUUUAGUAAAUUAAUAAAAAAAGUAUCAAAAGGAAUAGAAAAAGUCUCAGAGCCCGGUAUUUAUUUACAUUAUAAAAAUCUCUAGUGAUUGUAAAUUCUUUUGGUUUUUUAGAUGUUGUAUUCGAAAUUGCCGAGGGGAAUUCAUAUAUAUGACCAACUUUGUAUUUUCCAAAAACAUUUCAAAGUAUGGCACACAAAUAAAACAAAUGUAUAUCUCUGGGACCCAAGAUUCAAUUAGGAAGGGACAUCUAAACAACGGAGUUAAACAAGACUACAAGAGAAUAACACGGGCAGCUCAGAAUGCAGUUAAAAGAAUUAUAAUGCUGAAAUGGAACUGACAAGCCAUAUCGUCAGAGUCAGAGAUGAAAGAUGGACCAAGAAAAUUUUAGAAUGGAACCCUUAUGGAUGCGAGAAUUUUUACACAGUAAAAUAACAGCAAACAAAAACUACGAUUUUGAAGACAUGAUAGAACAAGGAUAAAAUAAAUAAUAUAUAACCAAGAGUCGCAAAGAAAAGAAAACUACGCAAAUCAAAGAAACUAUUGAACAAAUUACAGAAAUAAGAAUAAUGAAAGAGAAGUUCCUUAAAGGUUUUUUAAAAUUUUCGUUAAAAAAAUAAUAAGCCAGGGAAAGAAAAAAGUUGAUAGUUGGUUAGAUAAAAUUUUCCUGAAUGCUAAUAUAAUAUCUUUAGAACUAGUUACUCAUUGUUAUGUGACAUACAGCUUUUAAACAGUUUUUUCUAAACAAUAGGUCAUAUAUGUUAGAAAUUUGACAAAAUAUUGUACCUGAAGGAACACAAGCUAGGAACGCUCUCUAUAUGGUGCUGCAUAUGUAGGUCUACUUACUAGACAGAGUUUUGUCAAGAUAUUUGUAUUUUUAUAUAAAGGUAUUUAUAGUAGAUAAUUUAAAAAUGACUAAUUUUUCAGGUACUUAUUUUUGAAGUACUUAUGUGUGAAUAUUUUUUGUACUGACUUCCUGUUGAACUGUAAUAAUGUACUAUUUGACAUUGGUAAUGGUUACCAUCUAGUCAUAUAUUGUGAUAUGGUUCUAUAAUUUAGUGAUUGGAUGCUCUGUUUACAACUGUCAAAUAAAGAGAUCUAGUAA